AUGUUAGCCCUGUUGGCCAACUCUUGGAUUAUCCUUAGCAUCACAGCCAAGCAACAGAAACACAAGCCCCUGGAGCUGCUACUAUGCUUCCUGGCUGGGACCCACAUCCUGAUGGCAGCAGUACCCCUCACCACCUACGCCGUGGUGCAGCUGCGGCGCGAGUCCUCUGACUACGACUGGAACGAGAGCAUCUGCAAGGUCUUUGUCUCCACGUACUACACCCUGGCGCUGGCCACCUGCUUCACCGUGGCCUCCCUGUCCUACCACCGGAUGUGGAUGGUGAGGUGGCCCGUCAACUACCGGCUGAGCAACGCCAAGAAGCAGGCCCUGCACGCCGUCAUGGGCAUCUGGAUGGUGUCCUUCAUCCUCUCCACCCUGCCCUCCAUCGGCUGGCACAACAACGGGGAGCGCUACUCCGCCCGCGGCUGCCAGUUCAUCGUCAGCAAGAUAGGGCUGGGCUUCGGCGUCUGCUUCAGCCUCCUGCUGCUGGGAGGGAUCGUCAUGGGCUUGGUGUGCGUGGGUAUCACUUUCUACCAGACCCUGUGGGCGCACAGGAGGCGCCAGCAGUGCAGCCAUCAGAGGGCGGAGGAGGCGUCGUCCUGCUCUUCAGCAGCACACACCACUUUCAAUGUGCCCGCCAUCGUAGUGGAAGACGUACGAGGCAAAAGGAGGUCUUCCCUGGAUGGCUCUGAGUCAGCCAAGACGUCCUUGCAGAUGACCAACCUCAUCAGCGCUAUUGUCUUCCUGUAUGACACACUCACUGGGGUGCCUAUCUUGGUGGUGAGCUUUUUCAGCCUGCGCUAUGAUACGGCCCCCACCUGGAUGGUCCUGGCUGUGCUCUGGUGCUCCAUGGUGCAGACUCUGCUGCUCCCCUCCUUCAUCUGGUCCUGUGAGCGCUACCGAGCGGAUCUCCGCACCGUGUGGGAGCAGUGUGUGGCUAUCAUGUCUGAGGAGGACGGAGAUGAUGAUGGUGUGUGCGAUGAUUAUGGUGAUGGCAGGAUCUGCAAGGUGAGGUUUGAUGCGAACGGUGCUGCAGCCGUGAAGCGGGACUCCCGGGACAUCAAGCUGCUACCCAUGCACCACAUGCUGUUGCCCCAGGACAAGGUGCACUACCUGCAGGUCCCCAUCUCCCGCAGGAUGUCGCACGACGAGACCAAUAUCUUCUCUGCCCACCGCUCCGCUCCAUCCUUCCUACACAAGUGGUCUUCAUCCGAUGACAUCCGCAUUUCCACCCCCCACAAGCCUGGAGGCCCCAGCUUCUUGCUUCCUCAACUGCAUGACUACCAGCACGCGAGCUUUUUCAGCCUGCGCUAUGAUACGGCCCCCACCUGGAUGGUCCUGGCUGUGCUCUGGUGCUCCAUGGUGCAGACUCUGCUGCUCCCCUCCUUCAUCUGGUCCUGUGAGCGCUACCGAGCGGAUCUCCGCACCGUGUGGGAGCAGUGUGUGGCUAUCAUGUCUGAGGAGGACGGAGAUGAUGAUGGUGUGUGCGAUGAUUAUGGUGAUGGCAGGAUCUGCAAGGUGAGGUUUGAUGCGAACGGUGCUGCAGCCGUGAAGCGGGACUCCCGGGACAUCAAGCUGCUACCCAUGCACCACAUGCUGUUGCCCCAGGACAAGGUGCACUACCUGCAGGUCCCCAUCUCCCGCAGGAUGUCGCACGACGAGACCAAUAUCUUCUCUGCCCACCGCUCCGCUCCAUCCUUCCUACACAAGUGGUCUUCAUCCGAUGACAUCCGCAUUUCCACCCCCCACAAGCCUGGAGGCCCCAGCUUCUUGCUUCCUCAACUGCAUGACUACCAGCACCGCCGGCGGCCCCCAGAAGACGAGCUGACCACCCUAAGCCGGGAGGAGGAGAACGCCGACCGGCCGCGGCGCUGCUCCCUGGCUGGCAGCGAAGCCUGGCACCUGCCGGAUGGAGAGCAGGUGCUGUGCGAAAGGACCCUUGAGGCCUGCGAGGCACAGACCUUCCAGGAUCCCAAACUAUGA